CUCAUUCAACCCUAAGCUCAUUGCAAGUCAUUCAGUUCUCAACUCAGUUCUUCUCCUUUUGUUCCAAUGGCUACCAACUCAUCAGGCAAUGUUGUUCACCUUAAUGAAGUGAUUGUGGCCUUGGUGCCAUUUCCUGAGUAUAGCCAUCUCAACCAACUCUUCAUUAUUGCUCGCUUCAUCGCCUCCCACAACAUACCAGCACACUUACUCUGCCUUGCUGAUCAAAGCCAAAAUUUCAAGCAGCGUGUCCAAGAUGGUCUCGAAGUCUCCAACAUUCAUUUUGAUGACCUUCCGCUACCUUCUAAAACAGAAGGUACCAGAGAUGCUGAUAACGAUCUACCCUCAAUUGUAGUUCUGCUGAAAAAACUUACCGAGCCAAUUCAUCGAACAUGCGUUGAUCUCUCCACCAAUGCAAAGAGAUUGGUCAUAAUUCAUGAUAAUCCAAUGAGGACUUCUAUUGGGGAUGUGCUUUCAUUCCCAAAUGUCGAGUCUUAUAUCUUCCACUCCAUCCCAGCUUUUACCAGAUAUUCUUUGUUCCGACAAUGUAUUGACAUAGUUGACGAUGAUCAUGACAAAAUGAUUCAGCAACUGCAAGACAAGUUUCCAACGGUGGAGAGUUGUUUUGGACCGCAUAUGACAUUGUUUGUUAAAAUGGAACGUGAAUGGAAGCUCAACUCUGGAGAAUUCAUCAAUUCCUCCAGAGAAGUGGAAGGUAAGUACCUAGAUUUACUUGCAAAUGAAAGCACACACAAGAAACCCUUGUGGGCUAUUGGUCCGCUUCAGAUGCUGCUGCUAGAAUCACACCACUCAAGAAGCAGCACGACUCGUCAUGAAUGCCUAGCAUUCCUCGACGAGCAAGAUGUUAACUCGGUAAUAUUCGUUUCGUUUGGGACAAACACUAAAUUUUCGCAAGAGCAAGUCAAUGAGCUCGCGCUUGGCUUAGGACAAAGCAACCACAAGUUCAUUUGGGUACUAAGAGGAGCAGAUAAAAAGACGGACACUGAGAAAUUUGAAAGGAAAGAUUGGAACUUUGAAUUGCCCGCCGGGUUUCAAGAAAGAGUUGAAGGAAGAGGAAUGGUGGUGAGAAAUUGGGUGCCCCAAUUGGAAAUCUUGGGGCAUAAAUCUAUUGGCGGGUUCUUGAGUCACUGUGGAUGGAAUUCUUGUUUAGAGAGCAUUAGUAUGGGGGUGCCUAUAGCAGCUUGGCCUAACAAUGCUGACCAGCCAUAUAAUGCUGUUUUAAUAACCAAUGUGCUGAAAAUUGGAAUCUCUGUGUGGAGUUGGGCUCAACGAGAAGAAUUGGUGACAGCAGCUGUUGUUGAAAAAGCUGUCAAGACUUUGAUGGGUUCGACAGAAGGUGAAGAGAUGAGGCAGAGGGCAGUGGAUUUUAGCAAUAAGAUCAAGAACUCUGUUAGCCAUGGAGGAGUUGCACACAAGGAAAUGGAAUCUUUCAUCUCCUAUAUUACCAGAUAAGUUGUUAUGUUAUUCGGACUCCCCAAAAAUGCAGCCUAGUGUGUGUCGGAUCCUUCAAAAAUAAUGCAUUUUGGAGGAUACGAUAUGGGUACAGUGGCAUUUUUUGAGAGUUUGAGCAACCUAGCUCGUAAGGAAGUCAUCAAGACGUGAUCUUUUAUAUCUUUUGGAAAGCUCAAGCUCUCCAAAAAUUUCGCUGCCAUUACUAGAUUAUCUCUUCCCUG